CUGGCGGCGGUCCCUGGCCGGCGCCCAGGGCACGGGCAUGGCGGGCUGGUGGCGGGAGCUCCUGCGCACCGUCCGGCGCUACCCUUGGCCCACGAACGUGCUACUCUACGCCGCGCUCUUCUCAGCCGGCGACGCGCUGCAGCAGCGGCUGCGGGGCGGCCCUGCUGACUGGCGGCAGACGCGGCACGUGGCCACCGUGGCCGUGGCCUUCCACGCGAAUUUCAACUACGUGUGGCUGCGCCUGCUGGAGCGCGCGCUGCCGGGGCGCGCGCUGCGCGCCGUCCUGGCCAAGGUGCUAUGCGACCAGGCGUUCGGCGGGCCGGUGUACGUCUCUGCCUUCUACUUCGGUAUGAGUAUUCUCCAGGAAAAGGAUGACAUAUUUUUGGACCUGAGACAGAAAUUCUGGAAUACAUAUAAGAGUGGUCUGAUGUACUGGCCUUUUGUACAGCUGACCAACUUCAGCCUCGUUCCUGUUCACUGGAGAACAGCUUACACUGGGCUCUGUGGUUUUCUGUGGGCCACUUUCCUCUGCUUUUCACAACAGGGUGGUGAUGUCGGCUGUCCCCGGCCCUGGCGGCGGAAGGGAUGGAGCAACGUCACGAGCGCCCGGCCCCUUAAGACGCUGCUGGCUGGAGCCGCCUCCCUCCCUGCAACCCGCAGCGGGGAUGGAGUAAAGGGAGACCCGUCGACCUGCCCGCGGAGAUCAGCGAUGGAGUUAAAGCAAUCUUUGUCCAUCCAUCUGGAAGCUGAGAAGCCUUUGAGGCGCUAUGGGGCGGUGGAGGAGACGGCGUGGAAAGCGGAGGGACUGGGGAGAAAUCAGCUAGACAUCAUCUCCAUGGCAGAGACAACCAUGAGGCCAGAGGAGAUCGAGCUGGAGAUGGUGAAAAUCCAGCGUCUCCGGGAAGUCUUGGUCCGGCGGGAGUCUGAGCUCAGGUUUAUGAUGGAUGACAUCCAGCUCUGCAACGACAUCAUGGACUUGAAGCAGGAGCUGCAGAACUUGGUCGCCAUCCCAGAAAAAGAAAAAACCAAGUUGCAGAAGCAGAGAGAGGACGAGCUAAUCCAGAAGAUCCACAAACUGGUGCAGAAGAGAGACUUCCUGGUGGACGAUGCAGAGGUUGAGCGGCUAAGGGAGCAAGAAGAAGACAAGGAAAUGGCCGAUUUUCUGAGAAUCAAGUUAAAACCUCUAGACAAAGUAACCAAAUCUCCAGCCAAUAAACAGCCUCAGCUCUUUCACUGGGUGACGGUGCCAAAGGUGCCAAAGGCUGCUAAGAAGACCGAGGCCUGUGGUCAGCAGGGUCAUCUCCUGGACGGCAGUGUCAGCAAAGCGGGGAAGGACCAUCCCAACAGAGGAGACGACAAGGGAAGGACCUCGACAGAGCAGACAUAACAGCCCCAAAGACAAGGGCUGUCUUUCCAGCUCUGCACCCUCCACAGAGCCUUUCGUUCCACUAGUACUUGCUGAGCGUCUACUGAGCACUGGGCAUUGAAGACAUGGUGCUAGGUCAGACACAGUGCCUGCUGUCCUGGAGCUUACAGUCUAGAAGGUGCUUGAAAAUUUUCACACAAUGAAUAACAAAACUCAUCAGCCAAGUGGAAAAGAUGAAAGUACAGCUUUGGGGACUGAGGUCUAAAUUUGCUAAAAAUGAAAGACGUUCUUCAAAUGUGUGUUAAAACUGGAAUUUCAAUCUGAACACCACUGUCUUGGUCUUAUUUCCUCUGCUAGUUCCUUAAGAGUUGCUACCAGUUUUAUGCAUGGAAGUCACCCAUCAGUACUGGCUGGAUCAAUGAAAAAAGUAACCCUUACUUACUUUUUUUCAUAAAUAUCUGUAAAUUUAAAAAGAGGCAGACAACAGGCAGGAGCAUCCUGAAGAAUGGACAUCGUUUCUGCACUGCAAGAAAAAAGUUUAGUCCAUUAGAGAACAGACGACUUCCUCUCCGUUCCAAGUUGUAUUUUAAAAACAGAGUUCAUAAAAUUGAUUACCAUCAUGUGUAUGCAAAAUAAACAUACCCAUUUAUAUCUCAGUUGAUCUUCCAGAAGAACUUAAAGAACGGACUUCAGGAACAAGGCAAUUAAACAAUAUUUAGUCACAUAUACUGGGAUUUUUAUCAGACUCAAGCAUAGGGCUUUGCACACCUGUUUAUCAGAAAGACACUGACUACUCACUGAGACACUUUAUUAAUUCAGAGCAAAGGGCACAAGAGCUUGACUGUCUCCUGCCACAGCGCAGUUCUAACAGACAGAUGGGCGAGGAAUCCCCACAGUUGAAGAUACACAACUGAAUACACUGGUUAAGAGUGACUGGCUUUAAGCCAUAGGAUUAUGGAUGAUUUUUUUGUCUCCUGCUUCUUUUAUGUUUCUGAAAUUUUAAAAUUAUAUUUAAUGAGUAUUAUCUUUAUUCUAGGAAAUUAAAAAAUAACUUAAAAUGAUGGUGAAGUUUGACUUGUGUAUGUUAUGAAAUGAUCAUCACAGUAAGUGAACGUCCAUCAUCUCAUAUAGACACAAAAUAAAAGAUUAUUUUCCUUGUGAUGAAAACUCUUAGGAUUUACUCUCUUAACAACUUUCAUACGUAACACACAGCAGUGUUCAUUAUAUUAAUCAUGUUGUACAUCACUCCCCUAGUGCUUAGUUAUCUUAUAACUGGAAGUUUGUACCUCUUGACUGCCUUCAUCCAAUUCCUCCUUCCCCCAUACCCCACCUCUAGUAACCACAAAUCUGAUCUCUUUUUCUAUAAGUCUGUUGGCUUGUUUUUUGAAGUAUAAUUGACCUAUAAACAGUAUGUUAGUUCCUGGUGCACAAAUCAUUAUACUGUCUGUACACCUUAAACUUAUAGGGUGCUGUGUGUCAAAAGCAUAUUAUGAAUAAAACCAUCACUAGAUUCCUAAGAUUAGUCUAGUCGUAAUGCAGACUUACGGGGCUGGGUGUCUAUGUGACGUUAAAGAUAUAUCUGCAAGUUGAGAGCUUACAGCUUUGUAGAUCUACGUGUUAUAGACAAAUCCACCUUCUACUAAGAUUGGAAGGUAAUACUUCAGACUUUCUAGGCUUAUAAACUUUUAUUGUAGAGGCCUACUAUUUUUAGAACCUGUUCUAGAUAUGUGGCAUAUUAUUUUACUCCUAAGUGCCUGCCAAGUUUAAGCUGUACUUCAUCUUUGAUUAAUGACUUGAACAAGGGUAAACUAUUCUAGCUAGCUUAUUUCUAACUUCUACCUUAUUUCUAACUCUAUCAAGGGAGAAAAAGCAUUUAUUGCAUAUGUGAUCAUCACAAGAGGGUUGGGAAUGGGAUAAAAUCUAUUUUUAUUAUUUCUAAAAUUGUUUUUGGGCCAAAAUGUUAUUUCCUGAAAUAAACGGCUUGUUUGUUCUUUACCUCAGUAAAGAGAGUGAUUUAUUAGCAGCUCCCGUGGCAAGUGAGACCAGGAUCUUCUUGCUGCCAAUCUUGUAUCUGUGGAGGCUAUUCACCGCACUGAUUGCUUCUUGUAAGUUUUCCAUCUGAACAACAGCUUUGAGCUGAUAAUCUGUGUGGGGGCUGAGCUCAACAUUCUUCACCUGCAGCAGUAAAAAGGAAAACAGAAUGCGGAUCUACCCAGAACCCUGUCCUCUUAAAACUGAAGGUGACUCACUAGGCAACUGGUUUGUGGGCUUCAGUGCUGCCGUGAGGGAACCUGUCUGAACUGUGCACUUCCGCUGACCAGAACCUAAGUGAGCUAGGAUGGGUGACCUUCAGGGAUGUGACGUCAGCCUAGCCUGCCUUGUGCUCUGGCACACAAUGCUCUCCAAGGCAGGCUUAGGGGCCAACACAUGUAAGGAGUCUUUUGCGUCUUUUCCAGACCCUGCCAAAACCUGGGGCAUAGCCAUCUUAAGUUUCAGUAAAAGGUGCAUUUUUAGCAAAUUGCACCUAAAAACUGAAUCAGAUACCGUAAGACAUUAACAAAAACAGCCAAUAUCAUUUUAGAACCCUAUUUCCAUAUUUUAGCAGCCAGAGCUAACUAAAACCCAUCAGUGUUUUAUUUCCCGAAGAGCCACUGAAAUCCCUGCCCAUGACCACAAGUGCUUCUAUGCCAGGCUUCUUGCUCUCUUGGGCUGUAUCCUAAAAACAGAAUACACAGCACCACCAUGAGCAGGCCAGAGGAAAAAGGAAGGUGUUCAAACUCGUUGAGUGACACUUACACUCUGCCUGUAGUUACAUGUGUUGAGUUACGUGCACUCAACUUGAAUGCCAGCAAGGGGUAAAACAAAGGCAAGAACAAGAGUGAAAAGGUUACCUUGCCGUGUCUAGAAAACGCUUCCUGCAUGAGCUGCUGCAGCUCCUUCCGGGACAAUCUGUAGUCUAGGUUGCUGAUCUGGAUAUCAGCACCAUUUGCAAAUGGGUCUGGGCAGUCGGCACCAAUGCUCGAAUUUGCAGCGUUGAAAGCAAGCGGGGAUGCUCUGUUUAAGAGGUUUGGAGACAUACUCCUGCUUAAAACAUACAUAGGUUAUUUUUAAAAAUUGUUAUUCUAUUUAUUCAGCUUAUGCCAUUUAGAUUUUGUUUGAAGCUAUAUAAAAACAGCUUCCCGCAAUACAAUUUGAUUUUCAAUUUUUUUUUAUCUUAAACAUGCACUGAUUUAGACUCAUUGUCAAAAAUAUGACCUGUUGACUACCUUAUUAACAGCAAAUAAAUUACUCAAUAUCGGGCUUCCCUGGUGGCACAGUGGUUGAGAGUCCGCCUGCCAAUGCAGGGGACACGGGUUCAUGCCCCGGUCUGGGAAGAUCCCACAUGCCACGGAGCGGCUAGGCCCGUGAGCCAUGGCCGCUGAGCCUGCGCGUCUGGAGCCUGUGCUCCGCAACGGGAGAGGCCACAGCAGUGAGAGGCCCCCGUACCACAAAAAAAACAAUACUCAAUAUCCUUUUAUUGGAUUAUUUAAAGCUAACGGCAGAAAUUACAGGCAGGCCUAAUGAAUUAGUUUUCCACUUUGUGCAUUUAUUCUUAGGACACUGAGCAUU